AUGGCGGCGGCAAUGGCGGCAAUGCUGGGUGUGGUGCUCACCGAGGGAGGAUUUGUGAAAGGUGAGAAUAAGAAACUGGGACUCUUUGGGAGCUACGUCGACAUCUUCAGAGGGAUUCCCUUUGCUGCCCCUCCAAAGAGAUUGCAAGACCCUGAACCUCAUCCUGGCUGGGAUGGAACAUUGGAAACAAAAGACUUCAAACCACGCUGUGUGCAGAUGAAGCUGACACAGACUGAUGUUCGUGGGAGUGAGGACUGUCUCUACCUGAACAUCUGGAUCCCUCAAGGGAGGAAACAGAUCUCUACCAAGCUGCCUGUGAUGGUUUUUAUUUACGGCGGCGCUUUCCUGGUGGGAGGCAGCCAGGGCGCCAAUUUCCUGAACAACUACCUGUACGAUGGGGAGGAGAUCGCCGUGCGGGGCAACGUCAUCGUGGUGACCGUCAACUACCGCCUGGGGCCGCUGGGCUUCCUGAGCACCGGGGACGAAAAUCUGCCAGGGAACUACGGGCUCAAGGACCAGCACAUGGCCAUUGCCUGGGUGAAGAGGAACAUCAAGGCCUUUGGGGGUGACCCAGACAACAUCACCAUCUUUGGGGAAUCGGCCGGUGCCACCAGUGUCUCCCUGCAGACGCUGUCCCCAAAGAACAAGGGCCUGUUCAAGAGAGCCAUCAGCCAGAGCGGUGUCGGGCUCUGCAGCUGGGCCAUCCAGAGGGACCCGCUCCUCUGGGCCAAAAAGCUUGGAGAAAAGGUGGGCUGCUCCACAGACAACACCACCAUCUUGGCCAGCUGCCUGCGCAGCUCUGACCCCAAAACCUUGACCCUGGCCUACCAUCUGCAGCUCACCAACCUUCCCACCUACACUGAGAACAGCAAGUACUACCUGGAUAUCAACAACAAGAUGAGCAAGAAGUCUGUGAAGCAGGACCUGAGAUCCCGGUUUGUGACCUUCUGGAACUCGGUCUAUCUGCAGAUGCCACAGGUUGCCAACAUCUCCCAGUCGGAGUUACUGUUCUGA